ACUUAGCAAUGGCGGCUAAUUUGAGUCUCAAACAGUACUGUGAAACCAUAGACAUUCCUAUAUCAGUGCAUGUAGUUAUCUAAUUAACGGUCAAUGGUGUGUUUGGGGUUUGCAGAUGUGUACAGAGAUGAAAACAACCAAAGAACUUGCACGUGAGCUGGGACUCCUGAGAAAACGUUAUAUGCCAAGAGUACAAAAUGGAAAACAAGAUCAGACGAAAAAGCCAAAAUUGUGCAUAGGUCAGGUAUUUUCAUAUCUUGUGGUAUUGGAUUUUGAAUCAACAUGUUGGCAAGAUGGAAAGUUUCGCACCCAAGAAAUCAUUGAGUUCCCAGCAGUGCUGUGUAACACGAGGACGGGGCAGAUAGAGAGUGAGUUUCACCACUAUGUCCAGCCACACGAACAGCCAGUGCUCAGUGACUUCUGUAAGCAGCUCACUGGAAUUACACAGAUGUUACGAAGGAUCCUGGGCUCUUUACUGUUAGACGUUAUUGAGGGUCCUGUAGCCUUUAACAUUCACUUCUGCUACUGGGAUCUUGGUGUGUGUCUACUGUAUGAGGCUCGUCGGAAACAACUCCCCCGACCUCCAGAGAUGAACAGUUGGAUUGAUCUGAGGGCCACAUACAGGAAAUUCUAUGGUCGAAAGCCACAUGGUUUAAAUGGAGCUCUGCAGGCUGUUGGUAUUGAGUUUGAAGGACGUGAACACUCAGGUGUGGACGAUGCUCGCAAUACAGCUCGGUUGGCAUGGAGGAUGAUGAGAGAUGGCUGUAUCAUGAAUGUCACCAAGAACAUCGGAAUGGCAGCAUCUGGCCAGGAUGAUCCACAUACUGUUGGGGGUGAUAGAUCCCAUAAUGGAAGACACGGGACACACAUCUCUCCAAGCAUAACUGUGUCCACUGAUCAAAGUUCUGAACCAUUAAACUCUGUCCGUCUCAAGCACAGUGGAAAACUUCUUCAGACAAAACUUCAGCUGGUCAACCAGAGCCCUGAUGGAAGGGAGAAUGUGUUUGUGGUCCCACAGGGUUUAAAUACUUGUCGAAGCUCUGUUGGACUGAGUGUUCGAGAUACCAAUAUUGGAUGUGAUAAUAAACAGGGGGAUAAAAAAUGUGUCCAAGAUGUGAAGAAUGGCUGGCCAACUUGUCAAGGAAAGAAACCAGAGUCUGGUCGUUGUGUAGAUAUUGGCACUAAGAUGUCUAGUGUGGUCACAGCAGGCAGCAGUUGUUCUAAGACAUCUUUAAGAAACAGUUGUGUGGAACUCCAAAUCACUGUCCUGUUCGUGGAAGCUUUAAGCCCCCAAAUCAAAGUGCUGUCGCCUGGACAGUCAGGUCGAAGAUCUGUCUCCACAUCAGAUGUUGUGUCAAGAAAUGUUUUCAAAACUCCAAAUCAGAGGAUGAACCGCAGUGGUGAAAGCUUGAGUCGUGGCGUUACAACACCGAAUGAAAAUACUUUCAAAACACCAAGCCCUCUGCAAAACAGGUUAUCAGUUCCUGGUUCCAACUGUUCGAGUAUGAAGGCUACUCCUCCGAUGUGUAAGUGUGGUCGGCGUUCAAAACGACGUUUGGUUCAGUCCCCAGGCCCGAACAUUGGUCGGUUCUUCUUCACAUGUGGUGUACGUACUUCUCAAUAUGAUGUGAAGAGAGGUUGUGAAUUCUUCAAAUGGGAAAGUUUGUCUGCAGGGGGAGGUAACUCCAGACAUGUCUCAAAGACAGGAAGUGGUAGUGGUGUGUCCAAACCAUUUACCCCUGUCACACCAGUGGGUGUCAUGCCAAAGUCUCAACAGGGAGUCAGAUCAGCUGUUCCUAAAUACAUUCGAUAGAUCAGGCAGAGAGGCAGGUAGCCUUAGGUUGAUUCAUGUCUGAAGAUCACAAGGUUAUAAUGCUACAGUUUGUGGAUCAUGUAUUUCACACAUUUAUAUCAUGGUUACCCCAAUUCCACCCAAAGGUUUCAAAUCUUUCCAACAUGUCCAAAAUAGGGUACCAUAGGUAGGUUAGUUUGUUUGCUUUCUUUCUGAACUAAUACUUUGAAAAAAUAAAUAUAUUGACUGAUUUAUCAAGGGAACAUUGAACAAACACUUUCAGGUGUGACAUAAUCCAUUUCUUUGAUUUUCAUGGUUGC